AUGGCGGCGCAGCGACGUGAAGACAUCUCCGUUGCCUUUGGUAACUCUUCAUACCCAACGCCGUAUGGCGACAAUACGAUUCCAGGCGAUCAUCCCGGCUGCCGUCAUAAGCGCCUGGGGAGACAGUAUGCACCGCUUCCGAUCAACAAGAGUUCACUCACGACGGAUCUUCACGUGCCGGGGUGUGGAUUGGGUCGACACGGUCCAGUUUUACCCGCAGACAUUAACAACCAUAUUCAGCACACGCUUCUCAUACGGGAUACUCACAAUAGCAACUACGUGUUGGACUCCGAGCGAGGCGGUAAACGGCACUUUGCGGAACAGCGUGGGAGUGAGCAACCAUGGUCACCGUCGUUGCGUCGAUUGGUUCCCAUAAUGUCAGGGGACGCUCCGCUUCUCCCGCAGCGCCGGGCCAUCGGUGUAUAUAAUCCGACGAUGCCCGGACCGGAAUUGAAGAAAUCGUUGGAGCAACGUGAGCGCGAGGCGGCUAGACAGCAGGUCGGGAAAGCACACGUCAAUCGUCCGCCUGAUCAUCACCCGCUAGAUUUAGUUUUCUUUUAUGUACCUACAGACAGUGCACGCCUUCCUUCACAGGACGACAACCCGGCUGCUGCGGCUAGUCCUCCAAUGGAUGCUUCUCCCGCCCCUGCCUUACAAGAUUUGGAGGGGGAGAGAUGUCAUGCUGAGGCUUCUGCCCCAGAUGAGUCUUUGUUCUUCUCCCGUCUGGCGUUUGCAUCACCAUCUAUUGACGACAGUCGGAUGCGUGGUGCGUACCUGGGCACACGCCGUCCAUCUAUUAAAAUUGCAGAUAAGGGGAAAGGAUCUACAAUUGGUGAAAUGCGUCGACAGGCAGAGGCAGCCCAGGCUCGGCUGGAAGAUAUCCGCCUUGUGCAGCUUUUACCCAAGCUAUGA